GGCGAAGAAGAAGAGAGUCCAUGGUGUUUUCCUGGGUGGAUGGCCCGCUCUGGAUCUAGCCUGUCAAAACUACCCUGAAACGGCAACAACGUGGGAUAAAGUCAGUGAAAUCAGGUGCUGUUUAUAACUGAAGUGUGCCUGAAACUACAACUGGCCCAAAAGAGAAGUCCACUGCUCCCCUCCCCAGCCUCCCGCUCCUCACCCUCUCUGAAACACAGCUCUCACCAUGAAUGAAGUUAAUGUAGUCAGAGAGGGCUGGCUUCACAAAAGAGGUGAAUAUAUCAAAACAUGGAGGCCCAGGUAUUUCAUCCUAAAGAGUGAUGGCUCCUUCAUCGGCUACAAGGAGAAACCUGACCUAAACGACCAGAUUUCACCACCACUCAACAAUUUCUCAGUGGCAGAAUGCCAGUUAAUGAAGACAGAAAGACCCCGACCGAACACGUUUGUCAUCCGUUGCCUACAGUGGACCACAGUUAUUGAACGCACCUUUCAUGUGGAUAGUAAUGAGGAAAGAGAGGAGUGGAUGCGUGCUAUACAAUCUGUGGCAAAUAGUCUGAAGAUGCAAGAACAGGAGGACGAGGAACCAAUGGAUGUGUUUGGCUCUCCCAGUGAAAGCAGCCUGGAAGAGAUGGAGGUGGCGAUGUCCAAGAGCCGCAACAAAGUGAAUAUGAGUGACUUUGAGUACCUGAAGCUGCUCGGCAAGGGGACAUUUGGGAAGGUGAUUCUUGUCAAAGAGAAAUCAACUGGAGUACAUUAUGCCAUGAAAAUACUGCGCAAGGAGGUCAUUAUAGCCAAGGACGAGGUGGCCCACACAGUUACAGAGAGCAGAGUGUUACAAAACACACGACAUCCCUUUCUCACGACAUUGAAGUACGCUUUCCAAACUCAUGAUCGGCUCUGUUUUGUAAUGGAAUAUGCCAACGGAGGCGAGCUCUUCUUCCACCUGUCAAGGGAGCGAGUGUUCACAGAAGACCGGGCACGCUUCUAUGGUGCAGAGAUUGUGUCAGCCCUCGAGUACCUGCAUUCAAGUGACGUCGUUUACCGUGAUCUGAAGCUGGAGAAUCUGAUGCUGGACAAAGACGGCCAUAUCAAAAUUACCGACUUCGGCCUCUGUAAGGAGGGCAUUACUCCAGAUGCUACCAUGAAAACCUUCUGUGGAACCCCUGAAUAUCUCGCACCUGAAGUCCUAGAAGAUAAUGACUACGGCCGGGCGGUGGACUGGUGGGGUCUGGGUGUGGUCAUGUAUGAGAUGAUGUGUGGACGCCUGCCUUUCUACAACCAGGACCACGAGCGUUUGUUUGAGCUCAUCCUCAUGGAGGAGAUCCGCUUCCCAAGGAACCUGUCGCCGGAGGCCAAGUCCCUGCUUGCUGGCCUGCUCAAGAAGGACCCCAAACAGAGGUUAGGUGGAGGUCCCAACGAUGCCAAAGACGUGAUGACUCACAAAUUUUUCGUCAGCAUCAACUGGCAUGAUGUGGUGCAGAAGAAGCUUACCCCACUCUUCAGACCACAAGUGACAUCAGAGACAGACACCCGGUACUUCGAUGAAGAGUUCACAGCGCAGACCAUCACACUUACUCCUCCGGACAAGUAUACCAGUCUGGACUGUGAGGAUCCCACGCAGCAACAAGCACAUUUCCCCCAGUUUUCCUAUUCUGCUAGCAUUAGAGAGUGAUAGCGUCUCUGACACACACACACACACACACACAGACAUGCAUACACAAAAACACAAGAGGCAUGAACACCACGGCAACAUCCCUUACAGCUGUAAUAAAACAAAAAAAAACAAAGACCAGAUCCUUGGUCCCUGCAGGUUGGAAGUGCCUCGGCUGGUGGCCGUAUCACGUAUGCAGAGAACCUCCUUCAACCCCAGCACAGACAAAGCCUGGCCACUUUUGGCUGCACUGUAUCAAACUGGACUCGAGUACCUCACACAGUCAUCAGCACAACUCAACAACACAAUCAGGACUCCGUGUGUAGCACCUUCAGGCGGCCUGUAAACAGCUGCUGAUGCUGCUGCUGCUGCUGCUUUUUCGGACUGUAAAGCGCAUGUUCUCCGGGUGCGAUGAGAAGCCAUACAGCUCCUUCAUGACGUUUCCAAGUGCUCUUCUUCACAAAAUCGCUCUUACCACUGCUGAAAAAGUCCCGGUUGGUCUGUGAGGGGAGGAAGAAAUGUGGUGUGUGUGUGUGUGGAUAAUUUUUUUGUUUGUUUGUCGUUGAA